UGUGUGUGUUAGUGUGUUUAUUUGUCUAAGCUCACUCAGUUCGUUCCUUGUGACUUCUUUUCUUGCCCUGGGCUUGGCUUUGUCUGCAAUAGAAAAAGGUGUGUCAAAGACAUGAUGCAGCACUAAAUGAGAACAAUAAUUCACUGUUUAUAUUUCUCCUAUUGUGUUUGCUUCAAAAAGAGUGGAAAAUUUUCAAGAAGAGUUCAAUCUCUCGUAGGCUAGGAUAUAUUUUAAGAACAUUAUUUUUCACCACUUAUAUAUAGUUUCGAAUUAUUUCUCUAUAGGCUCUGCUAGCUUCCAAUUCAAUACAUACACUCUCUUCCUUGUCUUGUUCCUUUCUCAAAUCAAUAAAAUGGAAAAAAUUCUCAUCUUGAGCUUUAGACACGCAGAACUCUCGCAUAAGAUAGAAGAGAACAUUUUGUUUGGUAAAGAGAUGGACAGGGAAAAGUAUGAGAGGGUUUUAGAAGCAUGUUCCUUGAAGAAGGACCUGGAAAUCCUUUCAUUUGGUGAUCAGACAAUCAUUGGGGAGAGAGGGAUUAAUUUGAGCAGUGGACAAAAGCAGAGAAUACAAAUUGCACGUGCCUUAUAUCAAGAUGCUGAUAUCUAUCUAUUUGAUGAUCCUUUCAGUGUUGUGGAUGCUCACACAGGUCUCAUCUCUUCAGGGAAUGCAUACUAGGCCUCUUGAGUUCAAAAACAAUUAUUUAUGUCACUCAUCAAAUUGAAUUCUUACCCACAGCUGAUCUUAUACUAG